UUCACAUUUGACAGCAACUGCCAGCAAGGGGACGAAAUUCACAACACUGCUAAUUCUGUGGAGGUGAAGUGCAUCGUGAAUGUGUGUGAUUCGGAAAUAAACCAUCGGAGCCUGGAACUGUUUGCCAAAGAUGAAUAAGACGCUAAACUAAAGUACUUAAGAACAGUGCCGUGUGUGUGUGUGCAAAUCCAAACUGUGCCUACUCUCCCGCAAAGUGACCAAAUCGAUUCGUUAGUUUCGCCGUGCUGGCUCGCCUGCUGUGUUGUGUUCGGUCCAAGAACUACGCAAACGAUUUACACUAUCGGACAGAAGAAGCAAAAAAAACAACAAUCGCAUCUCGAUCUGCAGCAGGUAGUGCUGCUAGCCAGCCAUGGGGAAUGACGACUGAGCCCGACGACUGAAGGAGGAGAGUGUUCCAAAGGCGGGGGGGGGGGGGAGGAAACAAAGAUAGCCUGCUUAUCGGGUUCGGAGCCGCGACGUGUGUGAUGCUGAAGAUGCCUCAGUCGACGACCAAUCAGCAUAAUAGUGCUGGUGCUGUAAACGUGUGCAGUUCCCACCAGCAACAGCUCCCGUUCGAUACAAUCACUGGAAUGGCGAAUGAUUCGAGACAGACGGUGGCUGCCGCAGCAGCCCACAGCACCACCGGGCAUGGUACGAGUGUGGCUCCGCGAUCUAGACCGAAACCAACUCAACAGCACACGUCGAGCACGCCUGCGAUUGGACUGACGCUGGCAGCGAUACCGCUGAAUCCCUCGCCGAAAAAACGUCAUUUCGCCCAUUCCGGCAGCAGUCGUCGAGUGCGACAAGUUUGUGGCCAACUUUGACGAUAAAUUUCUGGGCGCUUCGAUGCCGAGGCACAGUCCAGUGGACGGAGAGGCAAACAGUUUUAAGUUCAGUGUACCAUCGGCCGCAGUAUCACCUGCCGCUCUGCUGUCUCCCUUUGAGCAGGAUCCAAUGUCCACAUCCACCACGGUGUCCAUUCGCCCGCGGCCAACAGUGCUGUCGCACUCGCACUCGCAGCAGCAGCAGCACCAGCAGCACAUACUGAGCAACUCAAACAGUGAAAAAUCGCUAGUCUCUCCGUUGUCCGGAUCGUCGACAUGGAACCCGUUCGGAGAUCCUUCGCCUUUCAGCCCUAUCUCGACGCUGACGGAAGAUCAACUGUUUGGGGCGGAAUUCGAUAAACUACGCCUCGAAGGCAGCCAAACGUCUAUCGUGACCUCACCGGAGGAAAUGAAAUCGGACCGAUGCGUGUCGUACUGGGGCUCCCAGCGGGGAUCCCUUUCGCAAGCCCUCUCUACGGGUAUGAUUGCUGCUUCGAACGGAGCCUUGGCGGGCAAAGAUUUGCUCACACUCGAGGAAGAUCCCUUCGGUUCUGCUCCGUUUACGCUGCCGAAACGAUUCAAACAGAAAAGCAGCUCUGCAAAGCUGGCAUCGAAAAUAAGCGAUCGCUGGCGCUAUGCCGUGGGCAGUGGACAGGGAGGCACGGGCAAGGAAAGCUUGAUACAAAACACCCCUACGGAACCAUGCAGCAGCAAUGGCAUCGACGUGGCGGGCUUGAGCAGUGCCCACAAGGACAUGGACAAACCCGCGCUCGGACCAAAGAACCUGAAGCUAGACGAUCUCAUCGGCAGUGGCGAGAAAGGUUCGCCCAGCUUCAUCAAGCUACCGCUAGACGAUCGUAACAAGUACGAGAAGCUCAACUCUAACGACAUCACAUCGGACGACAGCGAUUCGGAAUAUUACUCCGAAUCCGUCGGAUCUCUAGCUCUCGGCGUGGGCAGCACGGUCGGUGGAGCUGGUGGCGUUGGUAGUUACGCAGGCCACAUGCACCCCGGCGCCACCGGCAGCACCGGAGGAGGAAGUGCAAAGAAGCACAGCUUCAAGCAGUUUGUGGAGAGCAACAUUCCAGAAAAAUUGCAAGCCGUAUACCAUAAGGUGGACAAGAGUCAGAUGAAAAACGUGCAGUUGGUGAAAAAAGCUGCGCAGCAAGCGGCAGCAGCAGCAAAGGGAGCUGAGCGCCGAUCAGCGAAAAAGGGCGGAAGUCGCGAGCAACCGAAUGCACCGCAGAAUGGUAAUGCUUCCGACGAUGAUUCGAUCGGGUCGGCAUCGGAUCUACGGGCGAAUGAUGAUUUCCCGGAGGGAGAUGAAGCGAAUGCGAAGGUUCCUGCCUGUGAACCGGCCCGCCGAAAACCGUUCGGACGCGGAACGUUCGGCGGUGAGGGAAGUGUGGACGAUUGCAUCAGCGAGAGCAUCAAGACGUGCGGUUCAAGUGCCUAUCACGCGGAGUGCGAAAGUGUGACCACCAACGAGGACAACACGAGCCGAAUCGUGACCAGGGUGCGCGUCAAAAAGCGGGACCACAUGGACUCCAAGCACAGCGUUAUCGAUGAGGACGAUUCCGCGGAAGAGGACAUGAUUCAGGGCGAAAAGCCGCUGCUGUUGGACGAUGAGCUGGACUAUGAGUCGGCCGCUGAAAACAAUACCAGCGGCGAAGAGGUCCUGAUGGAUCCGUUCACGCCCGAGGACGAUAUUGCCGCCAUAAAGCGCGAAUGCAUUAACGAGGACGAAGAAGCGGAAGCCGAGCUUGACCCGUUUGCGAUGGCGCCCUUCCGCAAACCGUUUGUGCCAAAGCGGAACAGUGUCAUCAAGUUCCUACCCGAAGUGCAUCCCAUCCCAGAGCACUGUCCGACCAAUGGGGGUGCCGAGUUGCUGCCCAGUGAGUUCGUCACUUCCACGCCGAUAAAACCGGCAGCUGCAAUCAGCUACGAACCUGCACCAGCGACGUGCAACGACUUGUUCGAUUUGAACAUAGCCCCUACCACAACGACGCAGCGCGAAAAAAGCUCCCCCAAUGUUCGGCGCGAUCUGUUUGGACUUGAACCGUUUCCAGUCGCUCCGAUAGUUCCCACAGUACCGGCCACAUCGCCUGGAAUAAUUGCCUCUCUGCCGCCUAGUGUCAUGGUAGCUUCUCCGCCUACAGUAAGCAACGCUGUAAAGCAUCCAAUGAAAGCUCCUGCCAGAAUGACACCUCAGGAACCAACAAUCUCACGCGUAACUCUCGAGUCCGGUGGAGUUACCUUAACUCACAUUAUUCCUCAUACCGGUACAGCUUUACCAACGAUCCCCAUACUGCCUAUACCAGUAGCAGCAGCAGCAGCAGCAGCACCUGGCACCGUGCCGACAGCUUCACCAUCCUCUGCAUCUCUAUCCACGAUAGUGACUAGCCAUUCCGCAUCCUACAGCAGUAACCUGCACCAUGCAGUUACAGGACAGCAAUACCUGAAUGCGAGACGCGACUAUGUAAAUUUCAGCCAAAUUCCCUCGCACAGCGUGACCUCCAUUUCGCCGGAUAACAACUACGUAAACUUCUGCCCAGAGGACGAGGAAGACGAUGACGUGCGUAAUCUCAAGUCGGACGAUUACGACGACAAUAGCAGCGAUACGGUUGUGAAAGUGUCCUCCAAAGGAUUUCUGACGAAAAAACAGAAGGUCAAGUAUAACCAUCUGCAAGAGAAGAGCAGUGGCGGCAGCACCGGUCAUGGGCGCAGUGACGAGCUGGCCAGUAGGCUCGGGCAGAAGGUGAAGGCUAACGUCAGUGGCUACCGCAAAGCCGUGCUGGAAAGCGGCGUCGCAGUGAUCGGAAAGAGCAAGAAAGACGACCAAACGUCCCGACCGGCGAAGGGAAGCUCAAAAUCAAGCACGAAAGCGAUGGGAUUCAGCAACAUGAGCUUCGAAGAUUUCCCCUCGGAUGAGCUGGCGGAUGAGUCGGUGGGAGCGGCCGAUGGUACUACCCGGCUGACGACGGGCGUCGCCGGCGGAAAGCUGCUGAAGAUGGCCCCGUUUGAGGUAAUCCGGAACGAAAAGAUGCUGCUGGAGGCAGAGAAAAAGUUUGGCUCACUGAAGCGGCGGAGCAACCCAUUCUCCUGAUUGUACGCCGAAGGAUAUAAGAAGCGGAAAUGAAGAAGUACAUUAUUGCUUCAUUAUUUGUACAACUGUGCUUGGAAUGGCAACUACUACGGCUCCGGAGAGCAUGCAUGGUCUGGCUGGCAGACCGUUUGGCUCUUGGAGAAAAUUGAUCAAAAAAUUCGCUAGAAGUAAAACAGCAUGGGCACGAUUCUUUAGAAGAACUCGCGACAUGCACCGAACCAAGAGACUGGAAAGCUUCGUAAAGAUGAGUGAAAAAUAGUACUUUCAAGUUAGCGACAACACACUGAUGCACCUGUAAACCGCUGUAGGAGUUUGGCUCGGAAUGGCGCAAUGAGCUAAAGGCACGAGCACACAGCACGGAUAGGACAGAGCCUCAUCGAUCCAGUAAGAUUGGGCUGAUAUUUUAUCUAGGCGUUAUUACCAAACUGUAGAAUUAUGGUAUUGUACAUGUAUUGUGUGAGUGGUUUGCUUGCACCCUAGAGAGCAAUGUGGUGGUAUGCUGUUUGUGUGGACAAGUUUCACACGUUUGUUUGUAUUAUUUUGAAUUAUCUUAAGCUAUUUAUUAUAGUUUCAAAUACAACUGAGUCAAUGGGGUAGCGUAGCGUAGGUCUUACAGUAGGAUUGUAGGAUGCAAUAGGCAGCCCGGAAGGCAGGCGGCAGCUACAUACAUAUGUUCAGUAUUAUCAGGUAGCCAGGUAAUACGCAAUGUGCAUUUCUCUUCACGUCAUCAGUUAAUCCC